GUCUGCUGUGUUUCUGCUGCUGCUGCUGUAGCAUAGCAACUAGCAAGUGGUUCGUCGAAGUGCAACUGCAAGUUGGAUGUUGGAUUUGAGUAAUGUUUCUUGGGAUGCUUGCUUAUGUAACUUAAAACAGGAAACUUCUACCAGUUCUACGCCUAGCCGACAAUUACUGACGUCAGCUCAGUCGCUGGAGACAAAUUGGUGAACAUUCAAUUUCACCGAACGUGUGCAUAAAAACUAUUCACAAAGUGAUCAGUUUUUAAAUUUAUAAAUCGCGAGUCUUUCAAGGAUUGUGAAUAACUUAAGUCAUUACUAUAUUUUUCCUUUAUAUUGCCAGUUUUAGAGUGAAAAGAAAAUGGUUGUAAAAAGUGGCAGAGCAUUGCAUUUUGUGUUUAAAGUUGCUGAUCGUGCUGAAACAACAAAAUUUUACCUUUCAGUAUUGGGAAUGAAGGCAUUAAGACAUGAAGAAUUUCAAGAAGGAUGUGAUGCUGCUUGUAAUGGGCCUUACGACAAUCGAUGGAGUAAGACAAUGGUAGGAUACGGCCCAGAAGAUACCCAUUUUGUGGUAGAGCUCACAUACAAUUAUAAUGUUCACAAGUAUGAACAGGGUAAUGACUUUCAAGGAAUCACAAUCAGAUCUCGUGAAGCUAUUGAGCGAGCUAAAGCUGCUGGUUGGCCAAUUAAGGAGGAAAACGGAGUUCACGUUGUCGAAGCACCUGGUGGAUACAAAUAUUUUCUGUUAAAUGAACCUCAGCCUACAGAUAAAGGCCCCCUUCAGCCGGAGGCCCUCGGCGAUCGCCGACCAGCCGCCCUGAAAUUAAAUUUUGUGACAGUAGCGCACAGUGGCUCAGAUCCAGUUGAAAAAGUUACCCUCUCCAGCUCAAACCUUGCUCGCACUCUGGCUUAUUGGAAUGAGAUCCUUGGACUCAAGAUUUUCUCUAAGGAAAAUGACAAGGCUCUUCUUGCUUUUGCAGAAUCUCAGGCUAAACUGGAAUUCAAGGAUAUCGGUAAGCCUGUUGAUCAUGCAACAGCGUAUGGACGCAUUGCAUACUCUGUGCCAAAAGCUGAACAACCAGUCAUUGAUAAGAAGAUCAAAGAGACAGGAAACAAGAUCUUAACUCCUCUCAUCACGCUGGACACUCCAGGCAAGGCUUCAGUCACCGUCAUCAUUCUUGCUGAUCCAGAUGAACAUGAAAUUUGCUUCGUAGAUGACGAAAGCUUCAGAGUUUUGUCAGAAGUGGAUCCAAAAGCUGAAGCAUCUCUUUACAAAUACAUUGAGAAAGAUGAAAAAAGAAGAAAGGUGUAAUGAAAUUCUUCACUUCCUCUUUGGUGGUGGACUGGACUUGGUACUUAUUGUGAUAUUUACUUAUUGCUUUCAAACAUUACACUCCAAAAACAUUGAGAAAAUAUGUUGUUUAAAACUAUUGUAAUACUUGUCUCUACUUUCUACAAUAUUAUAUAAUAAUGUUAUCCUACAUUAAUUAUUAUUUUGUGCUUGUUAAAUAUAUAUAUUAGUUUUUUAGAAAAUUCACAUUAUUUACCGUAUGUACCCAAGUCUUUUACAUAGUUAUGAAUUUAGUGUUUAUUUUAUAGAUACAAUCUCUAAGUCAAUAUGUAAUUAUGUAGUGGAACAACUCCAUAUCUAUAGCCCAAAUCCUCGUUUUGUUGACACUUAUAUUAUACAAAUACCUGGUCUUCACUUCCAAAGACAGACUCUAAAGUCUGUUCCCUUCCCACCUCCUAAAGUAAUGAAAAUUUAAUAUGUAUUUUUUGUUUGGUCAUGAAACUUAAAUUAGUGAAAAAUGUGUAUAUAUUUAAGUUUAUUGUCAUUUGGAAAUCGACCACAAAAGAUUCCUUACACAUGAGGUUCUUGAACCUUUAUAAGUUAGGCUCAUAAACUUUGAAACAUUAUUUUCAUA